GGCUAAACCCUUAACUGUGUGCCGUACUUAUAAAUAUGUGGCCGAUCCAAAUAUUCAGUAUUUAAUUUUCCGGUUCAACGGCCUGCUAAAAUUUACCGGUUUAACGCGAAAACCUAGAGCUAAGUAAAAACUAAAUUACUGCUUAACAAUGGCGGUGUUACCAUAUUCUGAUGUAGAUUCGAGCUUAAAAGCUUUAGCCGGUCGAGCCGAAGGAUUUGGCAGGUUUUCCAUCGGCGGUCUAAAUGGUCCGGUCUAUUCCGUCACUACAUUGGCCGAUGAUGGUCCAGGAUCACUUCGUCAUGGAUGCCGUAAGAAAGAACCACUAUGGAUUGUUUUUGAAGUUUCAGGCACCAUUCAUCUCGCAUCUUACCUACGUGUGUCAUCUUAUAAAACUAUUGAUGGUCGGGGCCAAAGGAUAAAACUCACUGGCAAAGGCUUACAAUUGAAGGAUUGUGAGCACAUAAUCGUGUGCAAUUUGGAGUUUGAAGGUGGCAGAGGUCAUGACGUUGAUGGCAUUCAAAUAAAACCAAAUUCUAGGCACAUUUGGAUAGACCGCUGUUCUCUUCGUGAUUAUGAUGAUGGGCUAAUCGAUAUAACCAGACAAAGCACGGAUAUCACUAUUUCUAGAUGUUAUUUUGCUCAGCAUGAUAAGACAGUGCUUAUUGGAGCAGACCCGUCUCAUAUUGGUGAUAGAUGUAUCAGAGUGACCAUCCACCAUUGCUUUUUCGAUGGCACACGGCAGAGGCAACCUCGUGUUAGAUUUGGAAAAGUUCAUUUGUACAACAAUUACACUAGAAAUUGGGGUAUAUAUGCUAUUUGUGCCAGCGUAGAAUCACAGAUAUAUUCUCAAUGCAACAUGUAUGAAGCUACACAGAAGAAAAAAGCUUUUGAAUACUACACAGAGAAGGCAGCAGAUAAGGAGGAAGCAAAGACUGGUUUAAUCAGAUCUGAAGGUGACUUGUUUCUUAAUGGAGCUCAGGGAAUGUUGUUAACAGGUGUUGGUGAAGAGUGUGUUUUUCAUCCAAGUGAAUUUUAUCCUGUCUGGACACUGGAACCUGCCUCAGACUCCCUCAAAGCUGUUCUUCAGAUCUGCACAGGUUGGCAAUCUAUUCCCCGGCCACCAGAAGCAUGUGCUGAUCAUACGAAACCUGCAUGCUAGUUUCUUCCGGAGGCAGAUCUAGUUCUUUAAUUAUGGUUCAUACGAACCAGUAACUUUGGCUCAGAACUUGUAUGCGUGUUAAAAAAUUCACUAAAAAAGAACAAAUAAUAUAUCUCGAACCUAGUAAAUCAAAUGAAUUGUAGUAGAAUUCGAGAUUGGAACCCAUAAAGCUUAAAUCUUGUAUCUGCAUCUUGCCUCUAUAUAUGUAAUGUGACAUAUGUGCUUUUGUCGGUU